AUGAGCAUGCCGGCCUUGCCGCGGUUCACCAGCACAGCGCCCAACAACGCAACCAGCAACAGCAGUGGGUCGAUCGUUGCGCAGCUGGCAGAGAUGGAGGAGUUCCUGGGCAAGAUUGCCGACUUCCAGGGCGAGGCGCGGCGACUGUUCCCCGAGAACGUGGCCCUGGACCAAAUCCUGACCGGCCUGCAGGACGAGUGCCAGCGCCGGGUCGAAUACAUCAGCCGCGUGUCGGCUCCGCCGGCGUGGAUGUCGCACCAGCGCUCGUCGUCGUCGUCAUCGACCGUUUUGGCACAAGGUGCAGGCGCCAUGUCUACGCCCAAUAUGGCCGCGGGGCGGCUGCAGCCGGGGAGUGGCGGGUCUGUGCGCGGCCGUGGGGCUAUCAGUGCGCCAGGGGUCGAGAUGUCGCCGGCGUCGUCGAGCACAGUAACCUCGACCAACAGCCAUCGGAGCCGCGGCGACAGUGCUGGCGGCAGCAGCGAUGGCAGCGGCAGAGGAGCCCAGAGCAGCUUUUUCUCGCGGCAUGGCCACAACAAGCAUGCCGGCGAGGGCAAGCCGGCCAAGCGCGAUUCCAGGGUGGCCGAGAGCCGCCGCCAGGCCACGACCAUGUCGAUGUUUGUCUCCAAGACGUCCUCGGCAGGCAUUGAUGGCGGCAGCGUAAAGCCCAACAGUAGCAGGCUGAACGGCGCUGGCAGUAACACAAAAUCGGUGCGCAACAGCGCUAUGAACCCGCUGGCCGAGCCCCCGCAGCGUCCUAGAUCCAGGACCUCGUCGGCUGAUCUGUUCCGGCCAUUGUCGGUGGCGGUGGCCGACAAUGGCAGCCCGGCAUUGGCGGCAAAGUCCUCGCUCAAUGUCGUGAGAACGGCGACCGGCGGCCUUGGUUCGGUGGAGACAAAGCAGCAAGGGCACGCAGCGCCCAGAUCCGGCAUCGAGUAUGCGGUGACGCUGAAGCUGGCGGGCAGGAAGAUUGAUGCCGCGGUAUCGUCAUCACUGCAGGCGUCGCUGAUUUCGCUGAACCUUGCGACGCAGAUGGGCAUGAUAAUCCAGCGGAUACCGCACCAUGGGCGUGUGUGGGACCGCCGCGGCACCAGCUGGCCGGUGGUGGGCAAGGUCGCGGGGCUGCCGUUCGUGUGCGGCAACAUGUCGUUCACGCAUGACUUCCAGGUCGUCCAGCCGGGCGUCGAGAUGCCGCGCGACCUGGUUCUUGCCAACGACUUUUGUGUUGGAAACAAGGGCCACAUCAAGGACAACCGGCUGCAUCUGGAGCAGCUGUGCACAACAGUGACUGUGCCCGUGCGCCAGAUCUCUGCUCGCUGA